AGUCACCAAACAAACAUGGGGGGGGACAGCUAAUGAGUUAAUAAUUAACGAAGAGACUUGAUAAGCGGGGCCACCCACACCCCACCCCCCCAUAGCGACCCCCAUCAUGGCCCCACGGCGCCGCCUCGGCCCCCUCCUCCUCCUGCUGGCAAUGGCGACCCCCGUGCGGCCGUGGGGCGAGCGGAUCAUUGGGGGCGCCACGUGUCCCCUCCUUGGGCACCCUGGGCUGGUGCUGCUGUUCCAGUUCGACCAGCACCAGUGCGGGGGGGCCCUGAUCGACACCCAGUGGGUGCUCAGCGCCGCGCACUGCAGGACCAGCCACAUCCAGGUGCGUGCCGGGGAGCACAGCCUGGCCACAUUCACGGGCUGGGAGCAGUUCGCCACGGCCGUGGACAUCGUGGUCCACCCCGGCUUCGACGCCCUGGACGGUGACAACUCCUACGCCCACGACCUGAUGCUGCUGCGGGUGGAGCCGCCCUUCAGUGUCACCCCCUUGGUCCAACCCCUGCGGCUCCCCGAGGGACCCCCGGCCACCGGGGUCAACUGCACCGUCAUGGGCUGGGGGACAACCACCAGUCCGCAGGAGUCCUACCCCGACACCCCCCAGUGUGUGAACGUCACCGUGGUGAGUGACACCGCCUGCCGGAUGGCCUAUGGCACCAAGGUCACCGAGGACAUGCUGUGCGCCGGCGUGGAUGGGGGCGGCAAGGACUCCUGCCAGGGUGACUCGGGGGGACCUCUGGUGUGUGACGGGGUCCUGCAGGGCAUUGUGUCCUGGGGCGACCACCCCUGCGGGCAGGCGGGGAGGCCAGGGGUCUACAGCCAGGUCUACAGCUACCUGCCCUGGAUCCUGGAGACCAUUGGGGACACCUGAGACCUCCUCAGGCAGCCAUGGACCCACCAACUCAACCAUGGACCCACCCACCCAACCAUGAACCCAUCAACCCUGCCAGAGAACUACCAACCCAACCAUGGACCCGCUAAACCAACUAUGAACCCACCAACCCAACCAUGGACCCACCAACCCAACCAUGGACCCGCCAACCCAACCAUGGACCCACCAACCCAACCAUAGAUCUGUCAAUCCCACCAUAAACCUGCCAACCCAACCAUGGACCCAUCAACCCAACCAUAGACCCACCAACCCAACCAUGGAACCACCAACCCAACUGUGAACCUGCCAACCCAACCAUGGACCCACCAACCCAACCAUGGAACCACCAACCCAACCAUGGACCCACCCACCCAACCAUGAACCCAUUAACCCUGCCAGAGAACUACCAACCCAACCAUGGACCCGCUAAACCAACUAUGAACCCACCAACCCAACCAUGGACCCACCAACCCAACCAUGGACCCACAGACCCUACCAUGGACCCAUCAACCCAACCAUAGACCUGUCAAUCCCACCAUAAACCGGCCAACCCAACCAUGGACCCAUCAACCCAACCAUAGACCCACCAACCCAACCAUGGAACCACCAACCCAACUGUGAACCUGCCAACCCAACCAUGGACCCACCAACCCAACCAUGGAACCACCAACCCAACCAUGGACCCACCAACCCAACCAUGGACCCAUCAACCCAACCAUGGAACCACCAACCCAACUGUGAACCUGCCAACCCAACCAUGGACCCACCAACCCAACCAUGGACCCACCAACUCUGACAGAGAACCACCAACCCCGCCAUGGACCCACCAACCCCACCAUGGGCCCACCAACCCCACCAUGGGCUCACCAACCCAACUAUAGAUCCGCCAACCCAACCAUGAACCCACCAACCCAACCAUUGACCCACCAACCCAACCAUGGACCCAUCAACCCUGCCAUGGACCCACCAACCCAACAAUGAACCCACCAACCCCACCAUGAACCCAUCAACCCCACCAUAAACCUGUCAAUGCCACCAUGAACCUGCCAACCCAACCACGAACCCGCCAAACCUGUCAUGGACCCACCAACCCGCCAUGGACCCACCACCAGCCAUGGACCCACCAACCCAACCAUGGACCUGCCAACCCUUCCAAAGAACCACCAACCCCACCAUGGGCCCAUCAACCCAACCAUGGACCCAGCAACCCCAUCAUGGACCCACCAACGCAACCAUGGACCCAUCAACCCUGCCAGAGAACCACUAACCCAACCAUGGACCCACCAAUCCAACCAUGGACCCACCAACCCAACCAUGGACCCGCCAACCCAACCAUGGAGCCACCAACCCAACCAUGGAACCACCAACCCAGCCAUGGACCCACCAACCCAACCAUGGACCCACCAACCCAACCAUAGACCCACCAACCCAACCACGGACCCACCAACUCAAUCAUGGACCCACCAACCCAACCAUGGACCCACUAACCCAACCAUGGACCCACCAACUCAGUCAUGGACCCAUCAACCGAAACAUGGACCCAUCAACCUCGUCAUGGACCCACCAACGCAACCAUGGACCCAUCAACCCAACCAUGGACCUGUCAAUCCCACCAUGAGCCCGCCAACCCAACCGUGGACCCGCCAACACAACCAUGGACCCAUCAAUCCCAUCAUGGACCCACCAACCCAACCUUGGACCCAUCAACCCAACCAUGGACCCACCAACUCAACCAUGGACCACCAACACCACCAUGAACCCACCAACCCAACCAUGGACCCACCAACCCAACCAUGGACCCAUCAACCCUGUCAUGGACCCACCAACCCAAGCAUGGACCCACCACCCCAACCAUGGAUCCACCAACGUUGUCAUGGACCCACCAACCCUGCCCGAGAACCACCAACCCAACCAUGGACCCACCAACCCAACCAGGAACCCACCAACCCUACCAUGGACCCACCAACCCAACCAUGGACCUGCCAAACCUGCCAUGAACCCACCAACCCUACCAUGGACCCACCAACCCAACCAUGGACCUGCCAAACCUGCCAUGAACCCACCAACCCUACCAUGGACCCACCAACCCAACCAUGGACCCAUCAAUCCCAUCAUGGACCCACCAACCCAACCUUGGACCCAUCAACCCAACCAUGGACCCACCAACUCAACCAUGGACCACCAACACCACCAUGAACCCAGCAACCCAACCAUGGACCCAUCAACCCAACCAUGGACCCACCAACUCAACCAUGGACCACCAACACCACCAUGAACCCAGCAACCCAACCAUGGACACAGCAACCCAACCAUGGACCCAUCAACCCUGUCAUGGACACACCAACCCAAGCAUGGACCCACCACCCCAACCAUGGACUCACCAACCCCACCAUGGGCCCACCAACCCAACCAUGGACCCAUUAACCCAAUCAUGGACCCACCAACCCAAGCAUGGACCCACCACCCCAACCAUGGACCCACCAACCUUGUCAUGGACCCACCAACCCUGCCUGAGAACCACCAACCCAACCAUGGACCCACUAACCCAACCAGGAACCCACCAACCCUACCAUGGACCCACCAACCCUACCAUGGACCCACCAACCCAACCAUGGGCCCACAUGACUGGGUUGACCCCACCAUGGCCACCCCAACCCAACCAUUGGCCCACCAUGACUGGGUUGACCCCACCAUGGCCACCCCAACCCACCGUGGAUCCCACCAUGGACACGCUGAUGCCACCAGGGAUGGAUUGAACCUACCACCAAUGCCCCUGUGAUUGGACUGACCCCACCAUGCGUGGAUCAACCCUACCAUGGAGGGACCAAGCCCACCAUGACUGGACUGUCCCUACCAC